CUUUCCCCCCCCCUCCCGACACACGGGAGGCAACAAGUGGCGUAGUCGGCAGGAUCCGAGUCGCCGGAUUCGGUGAUUCAUACUUCUGGCUCCCUAGCCGAAGAAUAAAGUUCCAGCCCGAAGAUGAGCGACAACCAGAUUGACGAGAUGUUAUUCAGAUCACUCUCCAAUCUAACUACCAAUCGCUCUUUCAUGGUGGGAACCCGCCAGGCGCAGCCUCCAACAUGGGGCCAAUUGAAGAAAUUGACCCAAGAAGUGGAGAAGACACUUCAACGCACCCGACAACCUUUCACUCCUGCCAAUCUUCUCCUGGCUAUGAUGGCGGAUGUGACCUGCCAGGUAAAUAUAGCAUAUGCAGAAAUUUUUACUUAUUGGGCAUAUGUGCCUAAUCCUCCUCUGCUUCAAGCAGUAGUGUGGGGAGAUAUUUCUGUGCCAGUGUGCACUAAUGAUUCUCGACCAUUGCCAUUCCCCCGAUGCAGUGGCAGAGAUUUACAUCCUUCUAGUUUGAACACAGCCAAUAAUGUUAAUAUAACUUUAGCUGUACGGGGGUUCCUUUAUGUAUUGGUAAUAAUAGCUUUUUUAAAAUUAGCCAAUCAAGCUUGGGCAGUUAAGUUUAAUCAUUCUUCACUUGCUUCCUUCAUGGCUGUAGUCACCAUGAAAGCUUUUCAGCAUUUCUCUUUAGUAAAUUCAACAGAAGAAGAUAUACCAAAUAUUCCUAUUUGUACCUUGACAUCAUUUACAUCUCCUGUAACUCAUUUUGAAUGGUUAAGAUGUCGAGCUCAUUUACCUAGAAUGCUUUUAAAUGAUACAGUUACAAAUAUUGCAAUUCUAGAUUGGAGUCCGCAUGGGUUUUUUCAAGAAAAAUUCUCUAAACAUUCAUUAAAAUGGCACAAGACAAAUAAUAGCUUGAAUGCCUUGGGUAGUGUAACUUUAGAUGGGAAGGGAAAUGAAACUAUAGUCUGGCAGGAAGGAGGUUUUACUCCGCCUGCACCAUUCUUAAAAGGAAUCACUGUCACUCAAGAACAUAUUUGGAAAUUGGUUGCAGCUUCUGAGCCUAUUCACUUUAGGAGAGGAAACAUGUCUUUAAAUAUUUCUGAUACUUCUGGUCCUUUCCAUGUUACUAUUCAUAAUAAUCAUACUUACUAUGUACAGAAUUGUGUUAAAUACCCAUAUAUACUUUUAUCUGGGAGAUGGGGAUGGAAUAUAACUCAAGGGAAUAUUAAAUGUACUAGCUGUACAUUUAAUGUAAGUUCUGAUAGUCGUUUAGUAGCUCAGAUUCGACCUGAUUUAUGGAUACAUGUUACUCUUACCCGACCCUGGAAUGAUUCUAUUGGACUAACAGCCCUAUACAAUACGGUUCCACAACUGCUGAAACGUUCCAAGAGAUUUGUGGGCUUAAUAAUUGCAACUAUCCUGGGACUUGCUUCUGUUGCUACAACUGCUGCUGUAGCUGGUGUGGCUCUUCAACAAGGAAUCCAGACAGCUGACGUUGCUGCAGAAUGGUAUACAGAUGCCCAUACCCUGUGGGAUCAACAACGGAAUUUGGACUCUCAGCAUAUGGACAUUGAAAAUUUACAACAUACUGUAAAAUAG